GGUCAGUUUCGUGGAUUAACUGAACAGGGCUGGCUUUUGAGACAAAUAGAUUUUCCUCUCUGCCGUGUUUUAUGAUGAGCAUGGCAAGGGAAGAGAAGUGGAGACACGGAGGAGGAGAGUGAUGGGCAAUCCUUCUUUCUCGCUCAGAUUCACCAUUUUUGUCUCCCUCUCAUUCUCUCUCUCGGCAGCUUCAUCCUCGUCCAAACCAUUUUCAUUCUCAUCACCUUCGACCAGUAUCACAACCCCCAAAGCCACACCUUCGGACUUGCUCUCAGUUCUAGGCCCCAAACACCGUUCGUCAACCGUCAAUCCUCUUGUAGCUCGGCAACUUAAUUCCUGCUUCAAAUUCCUUGUACCCUUUACUCCAACUUUGAUCAAACCGGUCCCUCAAAGGCCUUACGGUAGAAGGAGCUUGGGUUUUAACGGACAUGGUCGUCGGAGCCGGAGAGAGGAGGAUGAGCUUAUUUGGUGGCCUCCCCAGCCAGUUUUAGAAUUGGCCCGCCUUGCCUUCGAUUCUGGUGGUGAUCCUGCUGCUAUCCAUGCUGCGCUCGAUCCUACUAUAAUCCCUGUUCCUGAUGUUGAAGGGUGCAAAGAAAAUCGAUGUGAACUCACUAGAUCUCCUUAUGGGUGGCGCUUCAUAAGUGAGGAGUUGAAUUCAUAUCUUGAAUUCUUGUUUGAACUUAUUGCUGCCCGAGGUCCAACACUUGGAUUGGAUGUUUCUUUGAAUCGCUAUGAUUUCUUUCAUGGUCACCUUUUUAUUGCCGCAGACACCAGACAACUUGGUAUAUUGUUUCAUGCCAAAGAAUAUCCGGCAUUUGAUAAAGAAGCGUUUCCAUAUAAUAUGGGUUUUUGUCAAAUAGGGUCAAAUGUGACAUAUGAUGAUUCAAUGAACUUGCGAAACACUCUCUGGCUGGCUCCAUUGCCUAGCAAUUCAAGUAAAAGUUGGGAAGCACCAGGCGUUUUUGUGGUGCUGGAUGCCCGUCCUGGAGGAAUCAUAUACAGAGACAUCAUACCUGACUAUGUAAAAUCUGCAAGGACUAUAUACGAAGAUGAUCUUGGAGAAGUUGCGGUAGAUGUCAACUACUUGAAUGUUGGAGACUCAAAGCCAAAUUUUCAAAUUUUUAUUUGCUGACACACUCUUUACAAGGCUAGUGGUAAUUUAUUCACGAAGUGAUCAACCUCAAAGUAGAAGCCAAAAAAGUGUUUUAUCUACUUGUAUGAUUGCAGAAAAAAAGAUUAGUGAGUUCCAUGGAUAUUGCUGUGUUUUUGCAGGCAGAUGGCAUUCCAUUGUGAACAAAGUAUAUGCCAUUUCGCUAAUCAUAGCAAUUGUAACUAUUUUUCAUUACACUGGGAAUAUGAAUUUGAUAUUCAUCA